AUGUCUACCAUUACUCUCCAAACAGGGGCGCUGCCAUCUUAUUCACGGUGGCCUAUGCCCUUUCAGCGGCUUUGCAUGAGUGGCAGUAUAGGUGAGGUCAUGCCCACCGACGUGUCACAGUCUUUGGGCUUUUUCUCAUUCCCAUCUCUCCUCAGAACAUCAAGGCCCCAAAAAUUCACGAUCCCAUUGACGCUGGGAGCCAUGUUUUCGGCAAUCGGGUUUUUUCAGCGUUCACUCCUUGCUUCUGGCUUGGGAAACACCAAAUCCCUUUACAUCUUCUCCACCAUGUUCAUUCUUGGUGCGGGGCCGACUUAUGCUGGGGCCGACUAUUUUAUCUGUGGACGCCUUUUCAGCUUUGUUCCAUCUGUCGCGCCGAUGUCUCCAAUCAGGGUCGUGCGUACCUUCAUCGCAUUUGAUCUCCUGGCUGAAAUAUGUGUCUGGGCCGGCGCCGGCUUGCUUGCCGGAGCAGGCACCGACGCGGUAACACGCUAUAAGAUUGGGCUCAAUUUGAUACGGGUUGCCAUGAUUACCCAGGCAGUCUUGUUCGCCUCUUUUGUGGGUGUUUUGACAUUGUUCCAUGCUAGGAUGAGUGCACUUCGUGCAAAGUGGCUCGUUUCUUCGGAUGGUGAGACAUUUUUUCCGGAGGGUCACACUUUUCGCACGACAGAGGCGCCUUUUCUCAUAUGUGAGGCGCUUAUAAUGUUUCUUAACACCGCCAUGUUCAAUAUAUUUCAUCCUGGCCACAUACUCCCCAUGGACUCCCGCAUAUAUGUGGGGCUCGAUGGACAGGAGAGAGAGAAUGAAGCAAUCGAAGGGGCGCUGCAAGAUUCACGACCGCUCUCGCAGAAGAUUCUGGAUCCGCUCGAUAUCAAGGGGCUGUUUGUCAGGGAUAAGACAAAAGCAUAUGAUCCUUGUGGAGAGUUGGAAAGUUAG